CUAUCAGGAUGCAGAAUAUUGGUUCGGUCCAUAUUCAGUUACCGCUGAUUGUAAUAUUUUUAGCGCGAAUGUAUAGCUAUGGCGUCCUGUGCAGUCCUGUGUUUUGCUGUUCUGGAGCUUCUUAACAGAGGUGAAGCAGCUGUGAUCCAAACCCAGCAGACCAUAUUAGCAGCAGUGGGAGAAGAUGCUCCUCUCAGCUGUCAGCUCCUGGAAACUAAAGAUGUCCAACAGGUCACCUGGCAGAAGGUCUUGGAGACAACAGAGAAGAAUGUCUGCACCUACAGCGAGUUUUUUGGUGAAACUGUGGAUCCUGACUUUAAAGAAAAGGUUCAGUUUACAGAAGUUGGACUGCAGAAGUCCUCCAUAGUUAUUAAGAGUGUUACAGAGCAGGAUGAAGGAUGUUAUCUCUGUUUGUUCAACAUCUACCCUGAUGGAGCUUUGAUAGGGAGAACCUGUUUGAAGAUUUAUGAGCUGCAUGAACCCAUCCUUGAUGUCAGAAGAUCAAACUCUCCUGCAGAGUCAGUUGUGUCCUGUUCAGCCACAGGUCGACCUGCUCCCUCUGUAACACUGACUGUUCUCCACCAGAACCUCAGCUUCUCCCAGUACACCUCCACCAGUGUGACCAACAGCAACGGUACGGUCACCAUCACCACCACAGCUCUGCUGUCAGCUUUCAGCAGCACAGAGGUUGGAUGUUCAGUGUCAGUUCUCUCUGCUGCUCCCAGAGAGCUGCUGGUCACCGUUCCUGGACUCACAGAGACGUCUGAAGAUGGUUGAAAACACCUCUGAAAGUGGAGAAUGAGAUCAGACAGCGAACCUCCAGCCAAAAACGUCAAGAAAACAACAACUACUCAAACUCCUCAUCUUCAGUGGCUAAAAUACUUUUUUAAGGAUGAUGUUGUUGCCAUUCUGAUGAUAUUUGAAGAUCAGGUUGGUUGGAAAUACGUUAAAGGGAGUUUGUGUCUCAUCAAACCAGGAGAUUACUGUGUUCAUAGCUCCUGCUGAGAGACUUUUGAUUUUGAAAUGUUUUGCACAAUUACCGGGGGUGAAUCACAGUAAAACAGGUUAAAUAUCUAUGGUUGAUUUAAAUGUUUCCUCAAGUUUAUCUUUGCAUUUCUCUGCUGCUGAAACAAGAUAAUUAUAGAGAAAUAAUCACAAGGGUCUGACAUAAAAACAGGCCUGCUGGAUAAAUGGACCACAGUGCAAAUAGAAACAAUACAUGACACUACAAAAAGAAAAACAUGUUCUGGAGAAUUUCCAUUAGUAAUUUGACAGAUGAUCCAGCUAAUAAUUUGUUGCCCUUCUCCUUGUGCUCUUGUAUAUUACAUCAUCCACUACAACCAUUAAAAAAGAGGAUUUAGCUACAAAGAGUUGCACAAUUAUUUUAGCUUUAUUAUUAUCACUUAUUUUUAGUCUGUAUCCUGCAACGUUGCAUCUGAUACACUGACAUGUCCCCACUGCAUUAAUAAAAGAGUAUUGUAUUCUAAAAUACAAUAUUUCUUUACAGUGUAAACAAGGAUCUGGUCCAUACGGAACAUUUUUCACAGUGUAGACCAAAGAUAUGACUGUUGACUUUAGGAGGAGAACCUCCCCUUCUUAGCCCCCUAUAACCAUCAAGGGUUUAUAAGUGGAAACAGUAGAGAGCUACAAAUACCUGGGUACUAUCAUGGACCACGAAUUGAUCCGUAACCUCAACAAACUGCCAUCUGCAAUAAAGGCCUUUAGACUUAAUUUUCUCUGUACGUUGAACACUUUUAAUGUGAGCAAAACACUAAUGGUCUUAUUUAUCUUUUAGUAUUGUUUUGUGGUAUGGUAACCUUCAUAGUGCAGAACAGAGAACGAUUGAGCCAGUAUAAUUACUGGGAUACAGCAGCUCUCUGUCAGACAUCUAUGAUGGUCGAGUCCUGAAGGCACAGCCCUGAUCAGCCACUCUCAGAGGAGAUUGUGCUUCUUACCUCUGGGUGGCAUUAAGGCUCCUGAGGACCAAAACUAACAGAUAUAAAUUGUCCUUCACACCUACAAUAAUUAAAAUGAUCAAUCUGCACUAAAUACUUGAUAUACAUUUUCUGCACUGACUGUAGCAUUUCUUGUAUUGAUGAUUACUAUUGUUGUGACUGUUGUUGUAUAUCUAUGAUGUCUGUCGCCUGAACACCAAAACUAAUAAAAACGACUCUGACUUAAUUCCAGGUUAAAGGUAACAAUAA